AUGUCUCCACAGCCGAGAGAGGACCGAAUGAACCUGGGCAUGGGCAUCUCCCCUGUUUGUGCCGCCUUUUCGUCGUCCCUUUUCGUCGGUAGGAUUCUCCCGGUAAACCCUAUUUUUCACACCCCGACAAGCACACAAACUCCCCCCAAAGCCGGCCCUGCUAGAACUACGCAAGCCUCCUAUAUGUCCUGGGACCUUCUCCUUUCAGCGGGCCUGUCCAGGGCACUUGUUGGUCGGGAGCUCCAAAACCAUGGCCACGGAUGA